AUGUCACCGCCAAUUGCUCGCACGGGGGCCAGACUACUCUCCCACGGCGCCCCCAAGACGAGAACAUUCUCCACGACCAGAUCGCUCAGUGUGGACUUUACACAUGCAGUCAUCGGCGCCGGAGCCGUGGGUCUCGCGGUCGCCCGGCAACUCGCGUCGCGGACGGGCACGUCGACGAUCCUGAUCGAGCGGCACGGGGCGGUGGGCACCGAGACGAGCAGCCGCAACUCGGAGGUGAUCCAUGCAGGGCUCUACUACGGGCCGGACACGCUGAAGACCAAGCUGUGCGUGCACGGGCGCCAGAUGCUGUACGCGCUGUGUGAGGCCCAGGGGAUUCCAUUCCGGCGCACCAAGAAAUGGAUCAUCGCCCAGGACGCUGUGCAGCUGGCUGAACUGGAGGCCCUGCACGCCUUCACGCGGACCAUCGACGACGUGCCCACCCACUUCCUCUCGCGCCGUGACAUUGCCGCCCGCGAGCCCGACGUCCGCGCCGAGGCGGGCGUCCUCGAGUCCCCCACCACCGGCAUCAUCGAUUCCCACGCCUUCAUGGCCUAUCUGGAAGGGGCUUUCGACGAGCGCGGCGGCCAGGAAGUCCUGCACACCGUCGUGGAGAACAUCGAGCCGUUGCAUUCCUCGUCCUCCUCGUCGUCCAGCAAUGGCGAGGACAUCGCCGGGUACACCAUCACGACGCGAUCCCGCGACGGCACCGGCGGCCAGGACACCAUCACGGCCGAGACGGUGAUCAACUCAGCCGGGUUGGCGGCCGUCGAUGUGUCCAACAUGCUGCUGCCGCCCGAACGGCACCGCCAGGCCUACUACGCCAAGGGCAGCUACUUCUCGUACUCGGCCUCACAUCCAAAGCCCAAGACGCUGCUGUACCCGGCGCCCAUCCCGGGGCUGGGCGGGCUAGGCACGCACCUGACGCUGGAUAUGGCGGGACGGAUCCGGUUCGGGCCGGACGUCGAAUGGGUCACGUCGCCGGACGAUCUGGCGCCCAACCCGGCGCGGCUGUCGGAGGCGAUCGACGUGAUCAAGACGUACCUCCCCUCCAUCGACCCCAGCGCCAUCGCCCUCGACUACUGCGGCAUCCGGCCCAAGCUGGCCCGAACCGGCAGCACCUGGGGCAAGGACGGCAAGGGCUUCGUCGACUUCUACAUCCAGGAGGAGGACGGGUUCCCGGGCUUCGUCAAUCUCUUGGGCAUUGAGUCCCCCGGCCUGACGAGCGCGUUGGCCAUUGCCGAGUACGUCGAGGGCAUCCUGUACGGCGAGAGGGCGAGCGUGUGA